AAACGUCCCUUAAUACCCCGUUACUGACUAACUGCCACAUGACGCGCACAAUGAAGGUGCGUUUUACCGUGGGUCAAACUGCAAGUUUUGUAUGGUAAACGGAGCGAGGCGAAGAUUCGAGGGCUUACAGACAGCACCACUAACAAGUUUGAAGUGUGUUAGGUUUUUGAUAACAAGAGUCUGGUAUGGGCACUGAAGUUGGAUGGUUCAUAUUAUCCGAAGAUCAGCAGCAUAUAGGUCCAUAUGCUGCUUCUGAGUUGAGAGAUCAUUAUACUAGUGGAUAUAUUACAGAAAAUACGCUUGUAUGGGCUGAAGGAAGGAGUGAGUGGCAACCACUGUCAUCUGUACCUGGGUUGAUUACUGACGUCUCUGAACAGGUUCCUUCAUCAACUGUUAUUGAGGAUGAGUUUGAAAGGUGGCAAAACGAGGUGAAAAGCGCAGAGGCGGAGGUUAUAAACAACGAGGUUGCUGCCGAUGACGAGAGACCUUCAUCUCCGCCAGAUGGUGAGGAGGAGUUCACUGAUGAUGAUGGGACUGUGUACAAGUGGGACAAGACGCUUAGAGCCUGGGUUCCUCAGGAAACAGUUGCUGGAAGCGAGCCUUUUGAUGUUGAGAUCAUGACAUUUCAGCAAGAAGAAGAACUUUUUCCUACGAUUGGAGCUGAUGAUGCCUUUGUUAAAGAAGACAUCAACACUAAUAUGAAAUCAAAUGUUGAUGCCCCUGUUAAAACAGAUUCAGAUAAUGCAAAUGACGCAGUUAAAGCUAAUGGGAAGAGGAAGUUGCCUGAGAAACCUGCUGAGAAAAAGGAAGCAAACCAACCUCCUGACAGCUGGUUUGAGUUGAAAGUUAAUACCCAUGUAUAUGUUACUGGGUUGCCAGAUGAUGUCACCUUUGAUGAGGUUGUGGAUGUUUUUAGCAAGUGUGGGAUCAUUAAGGAGGAUCCUGAAACAAAGAAACCUCGCGUGAAGAUCUAUGUUGACAAAGAAACUGGCAGGAAAAAAGGCGAUGCACUUGUUACAUACAUGAAGGAACCUUCGGUUGCUUUGGCUAUACAAAUUCUUGAUGGGUCUCCUUUACGGCCCGGUGAUAAAAUUAACAUGUCAGUUACGCCGGCUAAAUUUGAGCAGAAAGGGGAAAAAUUCGUUGCGAAGCAAGUGGACAAGAGAAAAAAGAAGAAGCUCGAGAAGGUUGAACACAAGAUGCUUGGCUGGGGUGGCCGUGAUGAUUCAAAAUUAUUAAUUCCAACUACUGUUGUUCUUAGAUAUAUGUUCUCUCCAGCAGAAAUGAGGGCUGAUGAGAAUCUGAAAGGUGAAUUAGCAGCAGAUGUUCAAGAGGAAUGUGCAAAGCUUGGUGCAGUUGAAUCAGUGAAGGUUUGCGAGAACCAUCCUCAAGGGGUUGUUUUGGUAAGAUUCAAGGACAGGCAAGAUGCACGCAAGUGCAUAGAGUUGAUGAACGGAAGAUGGUUUGGAGGUAGACAAAUACAUGCUAGUGAGGAUGAUGGAACUGUGAACCAUGCUGCAGUCCGCGAUCUAGAAUAUGAUGCUGAACAGCUGGAGAGAUUCGGAGCAGAACUCGAGGCAGAAUGACUUCACGAUUACAUGCUUCGAAUCAUCAAUGCACAUAAAUUAUCCUACACAGCCUGGUUUUUUUUUUUUAUAAAUUUCCGGGAGCUUUGUUGUUUAGUUUAAUGUGGUUUUAUACGAUUUAGAUACUCGUGUGAUGGUGCUAUAAAUCUAUGAGAGGAGUUUUUUUAGAGUAAAGCUGGAAUGGAUCGUAUUGAUUCAAACACUGCUGACCAUUUUAUGAAUGGUAUGCAGAGGCCACAAGAUGGUCUUGAUUUG